UUUCUUCAGAGGGUUUGUAAGGUAAAUCCUGAAAGAGGUUUUUGACUACGUGGAUGCUCUGGUUAUCUCACUCAAUUACAUAACGGCUGUCGUAUAAGUGUAAGUGGAAUGGUCAUUAAACACCAAUCAAAAAAUGGCAAAGUAAGGAAAUGCAAAGGUAUAAACACAGGGUAUAUAGUGAUGGUAGAAAAUGUUAUUUUUUGUUUUAGGUGUAUUGGGCAAGACAUCUCUGAUCUCCAGACACUGGAAACCAAAGGGAUAAUGUCUAGCAUUAAAGACGAUGUCUUUCAGAAGGCUGUACGCGACAAAUUAAACUCUGAGAAAAUAAAACUAUGGGAACCACCUUACACCACAGAGAAUAAAGAGAAAGGGGAAGUGCCAAAGGACUUGGCCAACAGGUAUUCAUCAGACUUGAACAUUCCCUUUGACGAUGUUCUGACAAUACUGGAAACCCUAAGGGUAAAUGCUCUACAAAAACUAGCAGACCGGGAGAAGUUCCAAAAGUCAGGACUGGCUACCUUGAAGGUCAGAUUGGCAGGACAGUGUCCUAAUCCAGUCAAAGGUAAGAGUGGAAAGGCCAUGCUGAGUUUAGAGGUAAAGCUAAACUCAACAGGGGAGGAGCUGAAGAAGAUGAUAUCAUCCCAGGUGACGAUUAGUGCACAGAUGUUAAAACUCAUCUGUGGGGGCCGUGUGAUCGAAGAUAGGCAGACCCUAGAGGAGCAAAGAGUUAAGAAUGGGAGCCAGAUGAUGGCUGUGUGUCUGACAGAGACUGAAGCUGAAGCUCGGCUAGGACAGGAGAGGGUCCGUAAAGUGGCCAAAACCAGAGAGGCGGCAGAACUACUGUCUGAUAAAGUCAGAGAUGAUGAAGACCCUAACUCAGGGUACUAUCUUCAGGUUGCUGAUCAGACAGGAAAACCCCUGGAUUUACCCAAAGAGGAGCGAAAGGCGCUGGCCCUGGCCAUGACCCUACAUGAGAAAGGCAGAGCUGCUCUGAAGAGACGGGAUUAUGGAGAAGCUUUGCUGGUGUUACUCGAAGCCGACAAAGAAUUCAGCAAGUGUCGUGCUGAUAUCCUCAGUGCUGUAGACAACUACGCUGUGCUGUGCCUUGACAUUGUCUGGUGUUACCUGUGCCUGGAGAACGUCGACCAAUUACCUGACGCUGACCGCAGGUUGAAGGCAUGUGAAGAAUGCUUUGAAAGAAGUUAUGGGAAGAAUUUGGAGAGACUGGCUGCUGUUAAGGGAGGAACAGGAAAUGAGCUGGUGCUCUUCAUGAAGUUACAUCUGCUACAGGGAGUACUGGCGUUCCAUCAGCACAGGAAACAGGAGGCCAGCAGGUUACUGCAAGUGGCGGACUCUGAGCUGAGGAGACUUCGCGUGGACGAUGACAAACUUAGUCAAGUGCUGUCCAUGGGUUUCGGGGAGCAAGAGGCAAGGUUGGCCCUGAGGGCUACUAAUGGUCAGGUGGACACAGCGAUAACCCACAUCAUGAAGCGCAGAGAGGAAAAGGAGGCAAGAAAAAGAAAAGAGAAGGAAGAGCGAGAAAAAUUAUCAGCUGGGAGAAAGCUAGGAAAAACUGCUGAUGGUCAAUGGGUAAAUGUUGACACUUUCAACAUGUUGCUGUCAAUGGGGUUCAAGAAGGGGGCCUCCAGAGAAGCUUUACGCCAAGCCAAUAACAACUUAUCUUCAGCCUUGGAGGUGUUGCAGAAUCACCCAGAGCUCCUCUCACUGCCAGACCCUGACCUUGAUCUCAGUCAGGUCAUCAUCACUGACGACAUGCUGAGCCAGGUCACCAGCAUGGGAUUUGACCUGGAUGUAUCGCGCCAGGCUCUCCAGUGGUUUGGGGGCUCCGUCCAGCAGGCGAUUGAUGAGCUAUUGAGGACGGGAGGAGUGCUGCUGGUGUCCUCCCCAUCAUCCUCAUCCUCAUCCUCGGGAUCCUCCUCAGGAUCAGCCUCAUCCUCGUCCUCACAACCAGGGUCUUCAUCACCUGUAAAAUCCCCAGAACAGCUGAAGAGAGAACGAGAGGCCAUUGAGACCAUUAUUCCUGAUAUCCCUGAAGACGAAGAAGAUCAUUUAGAUGUCUCACUGGAUGAGGAGUUCCAGGUUCUUCAGCAGUAUAAGACAUUACUUGAGAGCAUCAGGUGAAGAGCUGGAUCCGUAUCCCUGAAGAUGAAGAUAAUUUUGAUGCUUCAUAGGGCAAAGAAUUCUAGGCUC